UUUGUUGCUUUUUCACUUAGAAAGGAUUAAGUAAAUGUGUAGUUAUGAUAUUCUAUGCUGAUAUACUGGUUUCUUAAUCCACUUGGCCUCUUAAAAAGGAAACAAGUAUGGUAGAGCCAGAAGGAAAAUGAAUAGUUAAUCGUGGAGGAGGAGAAAACCUAGCUCGGUACUAGAGGCAGCUGGGGAAGUGACGUCCUGUAGCAUUUGCUGUUCUAGAAAGUGCAGAGACACGUAGUGAAAAUGGGAGGAUCUAGAAGGAGGCCGUCUCCCGUGUAGUGUAUAUUUAUCUGUAAGUGAGCCGUUGGGGAAGGAAUUAAAUACUGAGGCGCUGUCUGCUUGCUGCCUUAAGACAGCGAAGCUGAAUUGCUGAUUUGCUUUAACUUUUAAAAUACCCAGCUUGGUUUAUUUUUCUUAGAAUCAUUGUAUUGCUAAGACUGGGGACGCUGUUUUCUUUCACAAAGGGAAAUCUAAGUUCAUUUCAAGGCACUCGAAAUGGGGAAAGACUAUUAUUGCAUUUUGGGAAUUGAAAAAGGAGCUUCAGAUGAAGAUAUUAAAAAGGCUUACCGAAAACAAGCCCUCAGAUUUCAUCCGGACAAGAACAAAUCUCCUCAGGCAGAGGAAAAAUUUAAAGAGGUCGCAGAAGCUUAUGAAGUAUUGAGUGAUCCUAAAAAGAGAGAAAUAUAUGAUCAGUUUGGGGAGGAAGGGUUGAAAGGAGGAGCAGGAGGUACUGAUGGACAAGGAGGUACCUUCCGGUACACCUUUCAUGGUGAUCCUCAUGCCACAUUUGCAGCGUUUUUUGGAGGUUCCAAUCCCUUUGAAAUUUUCUUUGGAAGACGGAUGGGUGGUGGUAGAGAUUCUGAUGAAAUGGAAGUAGAUGGAGAUCCUUUUGGCGCCUUUGGAUUCAGCAUGAAUGGAUAUCCAAGAGACAGGAAUUCUGUGGGCCCAUCCCGCCUCAAACAAGAUCCUCCAGUUAUUCAUGAACUUAGAGUAUCACUUGAAGAAAUAUAUAGUGGUUGUACCAAACGAAUGAAGAUUUCUCGGAAGAGGUUAAACCCUGAUGGAAGGAGUUAUAGAACUGAGGACAAAAUUCUCACCAUCGAGAUUAAAAAAGGGUGGAAAGAAGGCACCAAAAUUACUUUUCCAAGGGAAGGAGAUGAAACACCAACUAGUAUUCCAGCAGACAUUGUUUUUGUCAUUAAAGAUAAAGAUCACCCCAAAUUCAAAAGGGAUGGGUCAAAUAUAAUUUAUACUGCUAAAAUUAGUUUACGAGAGGCAUUGUGCGGCUGCUCAAUUAAUGUGCCAACCAUGGAUGGAAGAACCAUACCUAUGACAAUAAAUGAUAUUGUGAAACCUGGAAUGAGGCGAAGAAUUAUCGGAUAUGGGCUACCAUUCCCGAAAAAUCCUGACCAACGUGGUGACCUUCUAAUAGAAUUUGAGGUUUCCUUCCCGGAUACUAUAUCCUCAUCGUCCAAAGAAGUACUUAGGAAACAUCUUCCUGCCUCAUAGAAUGAAAAACUUUGUUAACCAUAUUUUGAUAAGGCACUGAAAAUAUAAAAGGACUGGCCAUUUACUGAUGUAGAUGUGAAUUCUGUAUAAAGACAUGUAAAUUAUUUUGAGGGUUCAUUACAUUGCAUGAAUAGAGACGGGUCAAAUAAAAAGGCAAAAGGGAUUUUUGCAGUUAGAGAUGAAGAGAAAACUACUCACUGUAUUUUAUUUCAUUUCUCCCAAGUCAGAAUUUUUUAGUAUUUUGCUUACAUGUAAAAUUCAUUUCUGUGGAGUUAAUAGAUGUAUUUCUAAUAAAGUACUAGGCUAUCCAAGUACUUUAUUUAUUAUAUAUUUACACUGUCAGUGUGAUAGCUUCUCAUUUAUAAUGGAAAUUUAAAUUCUUAACUAAACUAUAUAUGUGAUAGGUACUUCUAGAAAAGAAGAACCCAAGUUACUUGGAAAUCUGGUUAACUAGAUUAAAAUCAUAUGAAAUGCUGCUAUAGGGCUGGUACCCAUAAAAGAAUAUCCUAAUACAUAUAUUUCACCAUUUUGAUUUUUAAAGUAUGCUGUAGCAUUUCUUAAUAACAUAGUUAUAAUGUUCUUAAGACAGAUGUUUUCUUCAUAAAAAGGAAAUUAAUGGCAAUUUAUCUCCUGUGGAAAUCCCAAUUGCCUGAAUUACUGAUAUUUUAGAAAUAGGUUGUUUUUAAAAUGCCACAUAUAAUUUUAUGGAAAUUAACUAUAUAUCUUGGACUUAAUAAAUUAUAGGUACAUUUUAUUGUCCAUUAGUUAAGGAUAAUUUGUUUGAUAAUAAACGUGUUUUUAGAGGAAAUAUUGUUACUUGGAAUUAAUUUUCCAAUUACACAGUCUUCUAUAACUAACUCAUAAUAUGCUAUAUGUACCAUAUGCAAUUUCCCUAAAAAGAAUAAACUACCACUAUGGUGUUAAACCAAAAUAUGGGGAAAAUAAACACUAACUGCUGCUUAUGAAUGAUGUUGCUACUACUUGUUAUGCAUAUAAAUAUUUUACUUUUUCAUAUGUAUAGAUUGCAUUUCUUAGGUGUUUUAAUUUUUUUAAUAUAUUUACGUUUAAAAAAUUAUUCUGUUUUCUGUUUUAUAGCUAUAGUAAGAAUGAUAUUUUGAAACAAAGAUUUUGGUUCAAAAGAAAUUUUCAGGAUAAUUGGUAUACAAGGUUUAUUGGACCCUAUCACCUUUUAGCAGAAUAUGGUCUUCUUUUAGAAAUUCAAAACAUAGAUUUUAAUCACCAUAUACUUUAUACAGCUUUAUUGAGAUAUAAUUCUCAUGCUAAAAAGUUUACCAUCUUAAAGUACACAAUCCAGUUGUUUUAGUGUAUUCACCUUGUAUAGCCACUUUGUAAUUUCAGAACAUUUACAUCACCCUAAAAAGAAACCACAUAACCAUUAGCACUCACUUCCCAUUCCUCCAGCCUCUGGCAAACACUAAUCUACUUUCUACUUCAAUGGAUUCAUCUAUUCUGGACAUUUCUUAUAAGUGGGAUUAAACAAUAUUUGGCUUUUUUGUUUGUUUCUUUCACUUAGCAUAAUGUUGUCAAGAUACACCCGUGUUGUAUCAUUCAGUACUUCGUUCCUUGCCUUAUGGCCGAAUAAUAUUCUGUUGUUUGGAUAUACCACAUUCUGUUUAUCCAUUCAUUAAUUGAUGGGCAUUUAGGUUAUUUCCACUUUUUUGGCUAUAAUGAAUAAUGCAACUCUGAACAUUUUUGUACCACUUUUUCUGUACAUAAUUUUUUAAUUUUCUUGGGUAUAUGACCUAAGAAUAAAAUCGUUGGGGAUAACCAUAUACUUUAAUUGCAAAUGGAAAAUGCUUGAAAAUGUCAGAGAAUUCAUAAUCAUGCAUAUUUUUCCAUUAAUUUAUAAAUAAUUCCUUUAUAACUUUCUCUAAAUGACAGUUAAAACUCCUUAAGGAAGUGUGAACAUUGUGGAGAUUUUCUCACAUCUAAAGAGAUAAGAGCUGAAAAUCAUCAGUAAGAUUGGUAGGCAUGGUUUCUAUGUUAAACCCACUGUCAUUAUUUUCUUGAUUAAGCAUUUUCUCCCAAGUUAAAUGAUUUGUAGAUUAGAUAGAUGAAUGAUCUCUGGAUUAAAGAGUAUUUGUUAAAGUACAGAAUUAUUCUAAUACUAAAAAAAAAUUAAUUGGCAUUGCUAUAUAAACAGUUUAUCAGGGAUACCCUGGUGGUCCAGUGGUUAGGACUGUGUGCUGUCACUGCCAAGGCCCUAGGUACAGUCCCUGGUCAGAGGACUAAGAUCCCACAAAUGGCGCAGCACAGGCCAAAAAUAAAAAACAGUAUAUCAGUAUCUCCCGGGUCUUAAAGGGUGUCAAUAAUACCUUCAUAUGUAGUAAGUGCCCACUUGUCAUUUGUUGAGUGUUGACUUAAUGUAGAAGUAGAGUUUUAAAGUUUUCUUACUUGCUUAUCUUAUGAAGGUACUUUUGAUUUUAAAAGGUUCUCUUACGUUAAACCAGGUUCUUGGAUACCUGGAAUAGUUUUGAAAGUAUUGUGGAUCUUAGUAAGCUAAUAGAUAAAAAAUUACCUAUCCUACAACUAAAAUUUAGUACAUCAUCUCUGUAGCUAUUAGAGUUUGGGGUUUUGUGAAUGUAGUUCUUCUUUUCUUUUUUCUUUUGGCCCCACCACGUGUCUUGCUGGAUCUUGACCUGGGAUGAAACCCCAGACUAUGGGCUAUGAAAGCACUGAGUCCUAACCACUGGGCUGCCAGGGAAUUCUCAGUUUAUGUAAAUGUAGUUCUUAGCCAUUCUUAUAAAGAGGAAACUGGAGAUUUAGGAAAAGAAAACUGGAGAUUUAUGUCAGUUUUGGAUGCAACCUUAAACAUGAGAAAUAAAACAGAGGCAAAGAACUCUACUCCUGUUUCUGUUAAAGGGACGGCACUGAGAUGAAGAUAAAAAACUUGGACCAGAAGGAUUCCUGUAUUAAAUUAUAAUAGGAGGUCUAUGUUGGAGAAGAGCUUGAGAAAUAUUUAGUUUUGUUUAUCUAAUAGAUUAAAAUGUGCACAGUGUUUUUAAUCUCAA